CCAACACAGAAAUGAGCCACCGAAACUCACGGAUGGAGGGGAUGAAUCUGGAGCCUGGGGACCUGAUCGAGAUCUUCCGGCCGGGAUACCAGCACUGGGCGGUCUACGUGGGCUUGGGCUACGUUGUCCACCUGGCUCCUCCAAACAGGAUCCCCCCAAACACGUCCUGCUCUGGAGCUUAUCAAAACUCCCAGCUGCUCCCACCCCCAACGCUGUUGCUUGACGUUGCUGGGCAGGAGAAAUCUGCAGCGAAUGCAGAAAUGAGCCACCAGAACCCAUGGAUGCAAAAGAUGGAUCUGGAGCCUGGGGACCUGAUCGAGAUCUUCCGGCCGGGAUACCAGCACUGGGCGGUCUACGUGGGCUUGGGCUACGUUGUCCACCUGGCUCCUCCAAGUGAAGUUGCUGGAGCAGGCUUAGCGAGCUCCACGUCGGUCUUUGCCAACACAGCCGUGGUGAAGAAGGAAUUGCUGAGUGACGUGGUCGGGGUGGAUGAAUGCCGAGUCAGCAACAAGCAUGACUCCAAGUACUCUGUCCGGCCCGCAAACCGGAUUGUUUUUCUGGCAGAGAAGAUGGUGGGCCAAAUGGUUCAAUAUGCAAUCACCAGCCAGAAUUGUGAGCAUUUUGCCAACAACCUGCGCUACGAUGUGGCCAGAAGCGACCAGGUGCGAGACUUGGCCUGGAUGGCAGGAAUUACCGGAGUUACUGGAACUCUGGCCAUGGUUGGCCUUUCUGUCCUCAUGAAGAACUAGCGAGGAAGCUUUAACGAGACUUCAAUUAACAGUCUCUGAGAAUUCACUUUUCCAAAUAUUUUUUUGCCUUCUCUCUAUCGCUUUUCCUCUCUCUCCGCCUGCUUUUCUCUUUCAUUGGACAACUUGAGAUAGGGGUUUGGUCUCCCCCCUCCUAAUCCAGCCCCUUCACCACAACACCACCCCGUCUUUCCCUAACAGGUAUUUGGACUUCUGCUCUAGCCAGCGGGCUGAGAACUGCAGGGGCUGGCAAUCUCCCCACUUGACCGGGGGCGGGGGGGGCUGCAGAGCUCGAUUUGGACCCUCAUAUAUGCACGCACCCCGAAGCCAGCGUGUUUCACUAGCAUCGUGAAAUAUAUCAACGCAGGAUUAUUUUUUUGAGGAGAUCAUUCUCAUUCCCCGACCCGAUGUUAUGGAGGUCUCUGGAGAGGAAGAAGGGGGCCCCUUCCAGCGGGAAAAACACAUGCACAGCGUAGAAAGCCAUGGGCACCUGGCCAAAAGGAUCAGACAGAACCCGCCUUAGAGUUUCUGGGGUUUUCCGCUUAGAGUUUGCGAGUUCUGCUCAGUUUUGGCAAG